UGAGGGUACAAGUGUGCACCCCUGUGGAGCAGGCAGAAGGACCUGACCCCAGGCUCAGGACAUUCUCAGCCUAAUGACUGCCCCACCCUGCCCUGCCCUUCCCAGCCCAGGACAGGAGGGGACAAAGUCCUCAGGCAUUAGGCUCCCAGAUCCCCACCCCAGCCACACUUAGUGGGCUCAGGGUCAGGGGUUGGCUGAACUCGGGGCAGCAGUGACACUCCCCCCACAAGAAGGCAAAGCUCCCAGGGGUCAAGCCCCUCCCCCAGAUUGACACCUAGGUAGAUAACGCCCAGGGGUCAAAGGCUGGAGACGAAACCAGCAGGGAGGAUCGGGACUGGAAAGCAUAGCCCUUCCCCUACCCUCAUUGGGCCCAGAGCUCAGGUUACUCCCCCAACUUCCUCCAGACCCAGGAGGCCCACCAGCACCAAGUACUCUGCAGCUCCAGCAUGGUGAUCCUAGUGCGGCUCACACCGGGACUACUGCUGCCCAUGCUGCUGGUGUCGGUGACAAUGGCCCAGCCCACCCAUCUGCUGAGCUUGCUUACCUCAGGCCAGGGCGUUCUGGAUCUGGAGGCGCUGAGCAGCCUGUUAAAUACACUGGCGGACCGUGUGCACUGCUUCAACGGGCCGUGUGGAAAGUGCCUGUCUGUGGAGGAUGCCUUGGCUCUGGGCAAGCCAGACAAGCCAGACCUCACCCCAGCAACAGUCCUGCCGUCCAGAUUCAUCGUGCGCCUCAGUGCCGCCAUGGCCCUCUACCUUAGCAACCCAGAGGGUACAUGUGCCGACAUCCAGGCUGGCCGAUGGGCCUCCUGUGCUGACAACUUCCUGCACCUGCUUGAAAGUCCUGAGGCCAUGACCCCAGGCCUGAACCAGUUGCUCCAGAGGAUCGAGGCCCAUGCUGUCAGGAAGCUCACUAGGGAGAAGACUUGUAUAGAAGUCCCUCAGCUGCUGCAGGAGGUGGUAGGAGCAGGGGCUCCCAGCAGUCCUGGCCCAGUCCUAGCCGCCCUCCUGGACCAUGUCAAGAGUGGGGCCUGCUUCCACGCCCUGCCGAGUCCUCAGUACUUUGUAGACUUCGUGUUCCGGCAGCACAGCAGUGAGGCUCCCAAUAUGACCCUGGCUGAGCUGGAGGCUUUGAUGCAGCACCUGGGGGUGGGCGGAGAGGCCCAUGGUGACCACCAUGACCAUGAUGACCGCAGUCAGCUGGGCAGAGAGGCCAAUCACCAGGACCCUGUGCCCCUUGAUGCCCUCAACAACAGCUCCAGUGUGUGGGACACGGUAUGCCUAAGUGCCAGGGAUGUGAUGGCUGUGUAUGGACUGUCUGAGCAGGCUGGGGUGAGCCCUGAGGCCUGGGCUCAAAUUAGCCCUGCCCUACUCCAGCAGCAGCUGAGUGGGGCCUGCAACCCCCAGCCCAAGUCCCCUACCCAAGACCAACUCAGCCAGGCAGAGAGGUACCUGUACGGCUCUCUGGCCACCCUGCUCAUCUGCCUCUGUGCAGUGUUCGGACUCCUGCUGCUGACCUGCACCAGCUGCAGCACAGUCACGCACUAUGUCAUGCAGACUUUCCUGAGCUUGGCUGUGGGCGCACUCACUGGCGAUGCCCUGCUGCACCUGACACCCAAGGUGCUGGGACUGCACACACACGGCCAUGGUGCAGAGGACCACGAGCACCAAGAGGGUGUGGGCGCACAGGUCACCUGGCGCCUGCUGGCCAUACUUGGAGGCCUCUACCUCUUCUUCUUGUUUGAGAGCCUCUUCAGCCUCCUGCUGCCCAGGGACCAGGACCCAGAAAAGGCCAGGCCCUGCACUCACAGCAGCCACAGCCACGGGGGCCACAGCCACAGCACAUCCCUGCAGCUGGCACCCAGAGAGCUCUGGCAGCCCAAGCAGCCCCAUGAGGGCUCCCGCACCGACCUGGUAGCCGAAGAGAGCCCGGAGCUACUGCAUCCGGAGCCCCGGAGGCUGAACCCAGACCUGAGGCUGCUGCCAUACCUGAUCACGCUGGGCGACGCCGUGCACAACUUUGCUGAUGGGCUGGCCGUGGGCGCGGCCUUUGCAUCCUCCUGGAAGACGGGGCUGGCCACCUCGCUGGCUGUGUUCUUCCACGAGCUGCCACACGAGCUGGGGGACUUCGCCGCUUUGCUGCACGCGGGUCUGUCGGUGCGGCGCGCUCUACUUCUGAACCUAGCUUCGGCGCUCACGGCCUUUGCCGGUCUCUACGUGGCACUCGGGGUCGGAAUCGGCCAGGAGAGCGAGGCCUGGAUCCUGGCGGUGGCCACUGGCCUCUUCCUCUACGUGGCGCUUUGUGACAUGCUGCCGGCUAUGCUGAACGUGCAGGACCAGCGCCCCUGGCUCCUCUUUCUGCUCCACAACGUGGGCCUGCUAGGCGGCUGGACUAUCCUGCUGCUCCUGUCGCUGUACGAGGACAACAUCGCCUUCUCAUAGCCUUCUCCCAAUCUGCAACCCUCGACUGCCUCCCAGCCCUGGGUCAUCUCAUUCUCUGAACUGCCCAGUGGCCGAAGUUCCCCUGCUCAACUUUCCACUCAAUAAAGAUGCUCUCAACCCUGCAA